GAUAUAUAUAAAAAGACACGUAAUAUAUUUCUAUUUUCAAAUAAUGUAAGGUUUUAGUCUUAAUAAAAUUUUAAUUUUAAAUUUCUUUAGAGUUUCUGUAUAAAUUUGUUAAAAAAUGAUUUUCUUUACUUUUUUAACAUUUAUAGUGUUUAAUCUGUCAUCUGUAAGUACGUGCGUCAAAGAACGUCAUUGUAAUUUUUCAAGAUACAUGUUGAAUUAUUUCACUCAUAACAAACAAUAUUUGUUACACAUUAAUGAAACUCUAGACAAAAUUUCUGAAGAAGAUUUAAAAAAAUACGGAGAAGCAAUUCAGACUCACGGUGAAAUCGUAUUAUUGAUGAUUCAAGAAUUAUAUUAUUUGAAAUGUGAUUAUUUACCUAGAGAUUUGAUGGCAGUGAACUUGUAUUUAAAUAACGUAUCAGGAUCAGUCAGUAUAAUUAGUAGAAAAAUAUCUGUUAAAAAUACAAAAGAAAAUAAGAAAUUACAAUUACUGAAAGGAUAUCAGAUGAUUCAUGAACAUAUUUCCAAUCAGUUAUCUAAAUAUAUUAAUACUUGGUGUGCUGAUGAAGUUGUUUCACUAUUUGUAGACUAUCCAAAAAUUAAUGAUGAACAUAGUGAACUAAAUAUAGAAAAAUUGGUUUUCGUAACAAAGGAUCUUAGGAAUAAAAUCAUGAAAGAAUUAAAUACUGACUUAUGUACAGAUUCCUUUACACAAUUGUUUAGUCCAAAAAAUGUUAUAUAUUAUGAUUUAUUAACCCACCAAUCUAUUGAAAAUGAAAAGAAUUUUAUGAAUGGUUCUCAAAGAAGACAAAUUAAAGCAGACAUAAAAAAUGAUUACUUAGAUCUUCUCCGUUUUACUCCAUUAAAUAUACAAUGUGCAGACGGUAGUGAUAUUACAUUAUCAGAUGUAUUCCGAUUUAUAAAAUUCAAUUUUAAUCAUCGUCAUGUAUAUUUAUUUCAAACACUAGUUAGUACAUCUCUUUUUUACCCUGUUUUCGUAUUAUUAGGUAAAUUUGCUAACCUUAUUUUAAGUCUUUCAACCUCUGAUUUAAAUGCAAGCUAUUACAAUAAAAAUAUUUGUCGACAUAUUAUAUUGUUAACCCGAACGGUAAUAGAAUCUCUGAAUAAAAUAAAUGAUCUCAAUAUUUUUAAUGAUUUAUCUUACAAAUUUGUUUUCAAAAUUGUAAAUAGAUUAAAACAUUUUUUGAAUAGUGCGUAUCAUUGGCCAAUUAUAAAUGAGAAUUAUAAUAUAAUAUUCAAUAUUCAUGAAACUUUAAAAAAUACGUUAAUAAAUAAAGGUAUUAGGUAUGAAAUAGAACCAACUAUUACAAUAACACAAGAUAAUUUCUAUGGUAACUACAAAAUUGUUUUUAAAUACAGUAUGCAAGUGAAAAACUAUAUUGUACAACUAAAAAAACAUAAUAACUUGAUUAUUUCACAAAAUAGUUUGCAUAAAAAAAUGAAGCACAGCAAUUAUACACAUAAAAAAGAUGUUUUAACCGAUAAUGUUGUUGAAAAUUUAUGCAAAGAUGAUUUUUAUAAAACUUUUAAUAGAACAUAUGAUUUGGACGAAAUUGAAGAUGACUUGGUAAAUGAUGUUCAGUUUGCAGAUCUUGGAUUUGUAAAAAUUGAAACAUCCCUAUCUAGUAUUCAAAACGAAGCAAGUAUUGAUAGUAAUGAGACCAAAUUAGAAAUUGAAACAACGGAUUCGUCAAAAUAUAGUCCAUGUUACACAUAUGAUUAUAUAAUGUAUAAAUAGUUUCUACAAAUAUAAAUAAUGGAUAAUAGAUUUAACAAGUUGAACAUUUAAUUUACAUUAAAAUAAUAAUACUCAUAAUUUUAUUAUACUUAUUAGGGUGGUCCUUAUUUUUCGACUUAGGAAAUUCAUUGGUCUCACCCCCCAAAUUUGAUUAUAUACAUGUGAAAACGAACCAAAAAAAAUACCAAAUUAAAAAUACACAGCUGAAAAAAAAUUGCAAUAAUCCAUUGUACAUAUCAAUCUCAACCGAUAUACAGAGUAGAGAAACUUACCGAGAUAUUUUUUAGUAUUUAAUUUUUGUCUUGAUGAUUGUUGUUCUGCAUCAUUUUAAAGCGUCAUCGUCGGGACACAGUAUCAAUAAUUAAUUAAUUUUAUAAUAAUAUUAAUAAAUUGAAUAAAUUGAUCAAUUAAUGUAUACUGUUAUAUUUAACUUAAAAUACAGUUUACUAUUAUUCUUUGUU